AUCUGACGCAAAGUUUGCAUAAAGGUUGCCUACGCACAAAUGCUCGUGUUAAUUUCGAUACGGAAAACCUCGAUGGCCCAAAUGCGUCGUCUUGCAGGCUGCUCUGCGCCCAGAAGGGGAAACUGUUCUCCCUCUUACAAAAAGAGGUCUCUUGUGCUUGUACCAAUGAGAUCAACUUGAAAGAUCUCUCGCAGGCCGACUGUACGGAUAGAUGGCGUGUGUAUGCCGUUAGUCACAUACAGACCAAGAACGAUUACAAACUGAAUCUUGACUACAUCCUACAGAGUAAGAACCCGUACACUAAACCAGACGAAGACAUCAUGUUUAACGCCGCCAUAGACUACAAUCUGUACAAUGUCUACAAAUUUGAAUUUGAUGAUGACGUAGUCGUACUGACAACAGACCCACCCGUGAGUCACAGCUGGGCCAUCGCAGGAAAACACAACGUCACAGUUUCAACGCAGAUUGGUAUUGUGACACUUGUAAAUACAACACAGGUGACAGUUGAGGAUGUUGAUGAAGGCAAAGCGCCCGCACUCCUUGGUGUUGCGGUAUCACAUCACCCUAAUGCCUUGACAGCUCAGGUGUUGAUAAUGGUAGUGGAUGCAUACGAAACCAGCUGUGUCGUGUCGUUUGGCGAUGGACAAGAAUCCGCUGUAUACGUAUUUAAUAACUCAGCUGAUGGCUAUACG